AGUAAAUUGGUAUGAAACCGAAACAGACAAUUGUAAAUUUUAAAAGAAUUUGUAAAUAAUAAAUUUAAAAAUGGAAACUCUUCCAGUGAAUUCACGUAGAAAAAUUUUAAAUCAUGUUGUUUGUGGAUUAUUAACAGAAUAUGAGUUUGUGAACUGUGAAAAACAAGCAUUUGAAACACUUACAGAAAUGCUGCAAUCAUUUUUAGUCCAAGUUGGCGAAUCAACUAAAAAUUACUGUGAAUUAGCUGGCAGAACAGAACCACUCAUAGCAGAUGUCAUUUUGUCCCUGAUAAACAUGGGAUUUAAAUUAGAUGGUCUUGAUAAAUACGCACUGAGGCAUAACAGAACGACACUGCCAUCGUUGCAACAGCAGACACAGUCAAAACAAGUUAAUAUUCUUCAAGCUGGUGAUAAACAUCCGCAUCCGCCACACAUUCCAAAUUAUCUUCCGGCUUUUCCUGAUCCUCAUGCCUACAUAAGGACACCUACUCAUAAACAACCUGUCACGGAGUAUGAAGCCAUCAGGGAAAAAGCAGCCACGCAAAAAAGAGAUACUGAGCGCGCGUUGACUAGAUUCGUUGCUAAAACCAGCGAAACUCAUAGUUUAUUUUUAUCUGAUGACAACAGCGCUUUUCUAUUAAUAGCAUGCAAGCCACAAUUUCCUCCGUAUCUCUCUGCGCUGAUGCCGCAGGAUCAAGUAUUUGAGCCGGAAAUAGAAUUCGACUUUGAAAGUACUCCUGUAAAAAAGCGAAAAGGCAUUAAAAAUAAUGAUGACGUCAUAGAAGAAGGAGCUAUAAAAACCGAGUCACCGGAACCUAGUGAAGAAGUGUCGACGCAACAGGACAUUAUUGAUAAUCCUUACCUGAGACCUGGUAAAGUCCCUAAUAAUAAAGUGAUUGGGUCCAGUAGUGUACAGAGUUCGUGAUACUUUUUUUUUUAUUUAUAAUUUUUUUAAUGAAGUGUAAUAAAUUUAUUAUUUAUAUUUAA